AUGAGAGUACAACUACACACUCCCAUUCGAGACCGGACAGAGGUAGUCAUCAAUGAAGCCGAUGGCGAUCAAGAAGGAGAACUUUCCGGCGACACUCCGCGAGUCCCCACUACCCUGCAUCGAUCACAAAGGCUCCUGGAUGGAUAUCCGCCAGCCCAAGGAAUCAUCUCCAGCACCUGUCUCUACCUCAGCCAUCUCAGCUCAUUCGGUGACCCCAAACUUUUCAGAUCGCCCACCUAUCUCACCAAUGCCGAUGCCUGUGAACUCAUCUCGGUCCUGCCGAAUUUCAACGAAGGGCGCACGAAUUGA